AUGGCAUUAACUGCUUACUUUCGGGUGUGGUCAGUGGUAACUUGGCUGCUUCUGGUAGCAUGCUGUCGCGCGUUCUAUAUUCCUGGCUACUCAAUAAUAAGCUACCGCGAUGACGAGCACAUCCCUCUCCUUGUGAACAAGAUUUUCUCCGACCACACGCAGCUUCAGUAUGCCUACUAUGAUCUCCCGUUCGUCUGCCCUCCGACCGGUCAGAAGCAUGGCGGGUCUCCGUUCGGCUCCGGACACAGCGUCUCUCUCAACCUGGGUGAAAUCCUGCGCGGCGAUCGCAUCAUGACAUCUGAUUUUGAGCUUGUCAUGGGCAAGGACGUCGACUGUCAGGCGCUGUGCACGCAGGAAGUAGAUCGCAAGGGGGUCAAAUGGGGCCAAGAGCUAAUUAAUAACGGAUAUGUGGCUGAAUGGAUCGUGGAUAAUCUGCCUGUAGCAACCAGCUUCGAGACGGUUGACCGCAGCCGGAAAUACUAUGCCAGUGGGUUCAAGCUCGGCUACCAAGACAUCUCACCUUCAAAUGGCAAGCCGCGGUUUUUCAUCCACAAUCACUUCACGAUCGUGAUCCGCUGGCGGAAGGCCCCUGGCAAGGCCGGUGACGAAGGUGGUAAAGUCAUUGUGGGCGUGGAGAUAUAUCCGAAAAGCAUUGGUCUCGACGAUCGCGACGAGAGUGGCUGUCCAAAGGAUGUCCGCGGCGACCACCCCGGUCUGGAGCUGUACAUCGCACCCAAUACCUCGAGACUGCGCGAGAAGUAUCCCGAUUCGUCGUACAUUCCCGAAGAGGACGACGAAGUGGACGAUGGCGCGAAGCUGCGGAUCCCAUACACUUAUUCUGUCUACUUCCGAGAAGAGGACAAGAUUGAGUGGUCGAACCGGUGGGACCUGUACUUCACGGAUCAGACCGAUAGCUCGAUGACACACUGGCUCGCGAUUAUCAACUCUCUGAUCAUCUCCGGGGUAUUGGGUGUGACCGUGCUCGUCAUUUGGGGAAGGACGGUGCAAGGUGAUGUGAAGGGCCGUGGAGAUGGUGUUCUCGAAGAUGGCAAAUUGAAACUCCGCUCGAAAUCCCGGUCAAAGUCCGGCAGGGUCGGGGAGAAGAAAUCCGGUGAAGGGCUUCUUGAGCAAUCUGGGGCUGGCGAGCAGGAUGCCGAUCUCUCAUCGGACGACGAAGUGGUGGAAGAUAUCGCAGGCUGGAAGCUGCUGCACGGCGACGUCUUCCGGGUGCCUGCUUACAGCGGUCUUCUUGCUCCUCUGGUCGGAUCUGGGAUGCAGCUGCUCUUCAUGGCCGCGGGGCUUCUGAUCCUCAGUUGCAUGGGGGUCUUGAACCCAAGCUUCCGUGGCGGCUUUGUUAGCGUUGGCAUGGGCUUAUUCGUGUUUGCUGGCCUCUUCUCGGGAUACUUUUCUGCGAGACUUUACAAGACGUUUGGAGGGGUACACUGGAGAAAGAAUACCUUGAUUACAGCUUCAUUGUUCCCCGGGCUGACCUUCUGUAUGAUCUUCAUCCUGAACCUGUUUGUCUGGGCCCAGGCGUCCAGCACGGCGAUACCGUUCGGGACGCUGAUCGCACUGGUUGCUCUCUGGCUUCUGAUCCAAGUCCCGCUGGUCUAUCUGGGCAGCUGGUAUGGCUACGUGCGAGCGGCCCCUUGGGAGCACCCGACCAAGACGGCGUCGAUUGCACGCCAAAUCCCGCCGCAGCCGUGGUACUUGCGCGGGAUCCAUGGCCCCCUGCUGACCGGUCUGGUCCCGUUUGCGGUGCUGUUUAUCGAGCUGCUGUUUGUCUUUAAGAACCUGUGGCAGGACAAGAGCGGAUAUUAUUAUGUUUUUGGAUUCCUUAGUGUGGUCUGCGCCAUCUUGAUCGUGACGGUCAGCGAGGUGACGAUCAUAGCGACGUAUAGCCAGCUCUGCUCAGAGCUUCUUGGCCUGCGCCGUGUACGGCCUCUUGACGGGGACGGUGGGCUUCUUGACGGCAUAUGCGUUCGUCAGGAGGAUUUACAGCGCGAUCAAGGUAGAUUGAGUCUAGCACCUGGAUCUCGGGACAUAAGAGCCGCAGAGCUAGAGGAAACCGUGUGA